GAAUUCUUAAACUGAGGCUUCUUUCUUUGCCUAAGCAUGAUGCGAUAGUAGUUAUGCUUUGAUUCUUGGUGUAAUGUACUUCAUUGGUUAUUUCUGAUUCUUGCAGCUUCUCGGAGACUUGAACCCCGGCUCUUACCUUACUCUCCCAUCUCACAAGAACUUCGUACUUGUGGAGUGACCAUCAUGCUAAUGGUGCGCAGUGUUUGCAGAAGACACAGCAAGAUUUACAUCCCAAAGGGUCCUGUACCUGGAGGUGCCAGUUUGCACUGAGAUGCUGCCGUUUUAUAUUUCAUUAUAAGUUGUGAACUGUAAAAUGUUUGUGUCAAAUAUCUUGUGCUUUGAAGUCUUUGUGUAUCAAUAAGGCAUGCAAAUGGCUUGUAUAGCCUUGUGUUCAUUCAGCAAUUCCGAGGUGUUACCUUGCUAGGAUUUUGGCACCAAAAAAUAAAGUGUAUAUAUAGCCUAUUGGCAUACUUUCAUAGAUAAAUGCAUCCAUUGUCUCAAUGCUGCUUUCUUCCAUGACUUUGGAUCAUCUUUUCUACAUGAUGUUUGAUUUUGCUAGGGGCAAAGUGAUUAACCAUAUCAGUCCAUUCAAUUGAUCACUUGAGGUGCUGGGGAAUCUCAAGAAUGCACACUUGCUCUGUCUGUGGAGAAUCCCAACAUAAAUGUUUGUGCCCUGAAUUCAAAGGUAGUAUAAUGAGGAAGAGAUUUCUUUUAAGGUGAGGUUUUGUUUUGUUCUUCUCUAAUGGGCAAAAAAUGAGAAGAUAUGAUUUAUGCAUCUCAAAAUAUGUGCAUUCGAGAUCCACAUUUUGGAUUUUAGCCAUAAGGUUCCACUAACUCUUCAGGAAAGCAUGCAGAUUCAUAAUUGGUUUAGGUUUACCAGUUUUGGUAUUGGAAGAGUGGAUUAGGUGGCCAAAACCAUUAACAAUGAGGAGCAAGUUUAUCUCACCUAUUGAAGUAUUAAAGUGAUCUUAUAGAAACCAAAUUCAAACCCCAACUCCAAUCUCGUUGGUGCAAGAUGCUUCCUAGAGUCAUAUUUUGCACAACAGUUUCCUUAGCCAUACUGGCAGUCAUUCUCUUGGCUUUGCUCUCUCCCAUGUCCCACAAAAAGCCAUCAAAGAAUAACACAAAACCACCUUGGCUAGCCUUGUCUUUGUACAUACAACAACCACAAGUUGCUAGCUCCAACACUCAACCCGUGACAAAAUCAGAUGAUGCUGAAGCCUUUAUUUUCCACCAUAUGCUAACAGAGGGACCAGAAAACACUUCCAGGGUUGUGGGAAAAGCCCAGGGCUUCAUAGUUCCUGUGGAACAGUUUGCACACUCGGCUUUCAAUAUCAUAUAUCUGAGCUUUGACACUAAAGAGUAUUCAGGUAGCCUUAGUGUUGAGGCCAAGCAUGUUGCUCAUAAGGACAGAGAAGAACUCACUGUGGUAGGUGGAACUGGGUCUUUUGCUUUUGCACGUGGGUUUGCUGUUUUUGCACAGGCUGAUCAUACCCAAUUACCAACUGAUGUGGAUGCAUCAACUUACCACGUAAAACUUCAACUUAGAUUUCCUAAUCGAUCACAGAUAAUACCCUUAUGACUUUUUUUUUUUUUUUUUUUUUUUUCUUGUCUUAAAAGAAGAGGCUGAUAGUGUCUUGGAGGUCGAAUAAUACCAAAUAUUUCUCUGCUUGACCGUGGAAACGUUACUGCCUUGCUUUAAUUUUUUUGUUUGUAGUACUUUGCAGUUCUCUCUUGAGAGGAGAGAGUCCAAAAUCUAAAACUAUUUCAGAGGAAGGUUGAUUCCUGUUUGUACAACAUACAUGUUGAGACAAUUAUGACUCAUUGGGGUCUGAUAAUUACUUACUUAGGCCCACUUCUUGUGACACUUAUGUUUUGCGCCAAUUGUCAUCGUACAAGCUCUCUAUAUUGAAAUCAUGUCCACCAAGAGGACUUUUUUUUUUUUU